GUUCCUAUUUUCAAACCCCCUUGGAGCCCAAUUCAUUCAAAUCUCUGUCUCUAUCUCUAACAUUGUCACCAUAAAGACCCUUUAAACAAACAAUAUAUCGUCCCCGACAGACCACUUCUCUGUAAAUCCACCAGAGAAUUCUCAUGGGCUGCUUUCUUGCCUGUUUCGGUUACUCCAAGAAGCGAAAGAAGCCCCGAAAACCCUCCAGCAAGAUUUUAUCCGGAGGAGAUCAAAGACAUGGAAGCUAUCUACCACUAGACUCUGUGGUCGCUACAAAACCCGAGUUCAAUAACAAGGGUAAGGAGGGAUCGAGUUUAAGAAUUAGAAAGAAAGUUAGCUUUAAUUUGAAUGUCAAAUCCUAUGAGCCAAUACCAAAUGAUGAAACAAGCUAUUUUUGGGAUGAGGAAGAAGAGUGUGAGAAGAAUGGAGGAGAAACAGCAACGGAGAGUGCACCCCUUUUUCUCUCGAAAAGGGAUUCCAUGGGGUCAAAAAUGGGAUCUUACCCUUUGAAUUAUCGGUACGUUAAUUGCAGAGAUAGCUAUGAAGAAGAGGACAACAUAGAACUCGAGGAAGAUGAUCUGGAUGAAGAUGAGGAUGAAGAUGAGGGCAGUGGUGGCAGCGAUUAUGGUGAUGACCGAGAAACAAUACAAGAAUUUUCCACGCAAUUCUGCUCUUUAUCUAUGGAAUCACAGAAAAUGGUUACUUCUACUCAAUUGGCUGAUGAUAAAGCCGCUUCGUUGGAUCAAGGGCUGAAGAAAGUCGAAAGAAAUCGAAUUGCUCGAGAUAGGAGUCAAUAUGUGCACUCUGUGCUGAAUCCAGUUGAAAAUCUGAGUCAGUGGAAAGCUGUUAAAGCUAGAACAACACUACCAUUAAAGCACCAGAGCAAGGAGAACCUAACAUUAGAGCAACAACAACAGCUACCCACAAUUUUGAAGCCAAUUGUCAAUUCAUCGUCACCUUUCAAUUAUAAACCAGACUUUAGUCAGUCCAAGCCUCUAGUGCAAGGCAUUGCAGUUGAUGCCAGCCUCUCAAACUGGUUGGUUUCAUCUGGAACAGGAUCAAUCACCAAUACUUGCAGCGUUCCGGUUGUGGCUGUGUCAUCAAAGAAAAACAUGUUGGAAGAUCAAGUUCAUCAAAGUAAAGAAAGAUACAAUUUCCCUCAAUUGUCAAAGUUGCUGGGCUGAUGAGUUAGGGGAUUAUGCAUUCUCGUGGGAGUUGCUGCAAUCAUACAGAACAGGUGAAAGAUUCAAGAAUUGCUCAUCUGAUAUGCAAAAUACAGCCAAGCACAGACUCUUUGUGAUAAUAAGGUCGAAAACUGAAUUUGAAGAGAUGUUUCGCUGAAGCUAGCUCUUAUUUUUCCUGCAACGCGUGAAAUAAUAGUAUUUGAUAGUGGUGUUGUUUGGUGUGUGCAGCUCUAAGAUUCUUUUGAUUCUACUGACUGUUUUGCAAAUGGUGAAGUUUUCAUGGUGGCAAUAAUAUUUGAUUGGUCUUCUUUUUGU